CAAUUAAAUUCAACCACACGACUCUGACCCCGUGCGAGAUUGAAAAGAGAGCGGAGAGGCUCCAGGAUUUCGAAGAUCGCUUCAAAUCGUUAAUUCCCGGCUUAAGAAAGGCUGGGAAGGUUAAUGAAAACGAAGGUGAUGCCCCAGGUGAUGCCAGGUCCUCCCUCCCCGGCAGCCGAGGGGAUGUCAACGCGCGGAUGCUGCCGCAAGGGACCUCGCUGCCCCGUCACCGCCCGCACCGUGAGAGCGGCGCUACGGCGCAACCCCGGCCGCGGCUCCGCCCCGCAGCGCCCGCGGGGCCCAAGCGGAGCAGCCCGCGGAGCUCCCAGAGGCGGCCGAAGAGCGGACGCGGAGCUCCGAAAAGCGGCUCAGCGAGCGAAGGCGGCUCUGCGAGAAGCGGCCGAAGAGCGGACGCGGAGCUCCGAGAGGCGGCUCAGGGAGCGGACGCGGAGCUCCGAGAGGCGGCUCAGGGAGCGGACGCGGAGCUCCGAGAGGCGGCUCAGGGAGCGGACGCGGAGCUCCGAGAGGCGGCUCAGGGAGCGGACGCGGAGCUCCGAGAGGCGGCUCAGGGAGCGGACGCGGAGCUCCGAGAAGCGGCUCAGGGAGCGGACGGGGAGCUCCGCGAGGCGGCUCGGGGAGUGCGCACGCCCCCGCCAUGGCGGCGCUGCCGCUGCCCGCGCGGGGGCGGCGGGGGGCACUACGCGAGCCGGAGCCGGGGGAGCCGGAGUGCAAGCGAGCAUGCAAGCCAUUAGAAACCAUUCCAAAUGAGGCUGAUGCUCGCCUCAUUGCCUGUGCUAUGGAGCUGGAUUCUAAACAGAAAAUCUCCACUGACUGUGGUCCUUGGGCUGCAAAGACAAAGCAGAAUUCAAUGAUUUUUGAAAACCAUGGAAGCAGAGGUACUGCCCAGCCUUGCCCAAGAUGUAUUGCUGGAGAAUCUUUAAAAUCUCACUUCAGGAAAAUCAGAGGCUGUCGCAGUGAUUAACAUGCAUCAUGGAAGUCCUUCAGAACAGCUGAAAUGAACAGAAAGGAGGAGGCUACAGAUAGCAAGAUAAGGAAUGUUGUAAUUUUUUUCAUAAUCAAUACUAAUGUUAAAAUCUUAUAAGAAGCUUUAUUCUACUCAUGGUAGGGAAAUUCAAAUAAAUUAAAAGAUCGAAGCUGGAAUAAGUCAAACACAAAGCGUCUUGGGCUGAGACAGUAUUCCCUCAUUGUGGGUAUUCUUACCAGGACUGUAUUUUGCAUCAAAAAACACUAAUGUUUAGGGAGCUAAUCAGUCAUGUGAGGAGCCUGACUAACAUCGGCUUUCCUGAACACAUUUAAUUGUGUACCAUUACUGUAAGUGCUGUGGACUUCAACACGUAUUUAAAGGCAGUAUUGCUAUGAUGUUUGCUCUCUUAACUUUUAGACUUCUUUUUCUAUAUUUAAUGACUACCACAUGUUUCAGAAGGAAUAAUAGAUGUGUAUUAAACCACACUUUGAGAAAAGAGUAUUCUUUAGUUGCAUUUUUUAUAAGCUUUCUUUGGUUUAAUGUGUUAUGGACUAUUUGGGCAGAGACUUAGAAGAAGACAAAGAGGUGGUAUAAAUGAGAAGGAAGCUAGGUAGGAUUUUGGGGCAGGGAGAAGAUCAUUCCUGAGAUUUUUUCUAUGUUACCUUAUAACUAGACGUAACACUUUUUUUGUUUUAAAAGUAUUAAUGUGAAUAUAUUCUUUAAACAAAUACAAAGUGAUACAAACAAACGCAGACUUGAGUUUAAAACAGAAGUUGCCAACAAGAAAGUAAAUUUCUGUCUAUCCUCAAAAAUCUUUAAACAUUUAAUGGUAGAACAGAAUAAGGUAUAAAAGCAUGACGCUGGAAUUGUCUAUUCUGUAUGGGUGUAUUUUAAAUUCAUGUGAAAAACAAGUGUCAAAACUCAAGUCAUGCUGCUUAUACAGAAUACAGAGACCAUUUCCUUUACUCUCCUGACUUUUUAGUUGUCCACGAGUCCCACAGGGAGAAAAAGGGAAUAUUUGUGAUGCUGUAAGUGGAACUGUCAGUUUCUUUUAAAAUAAGGUUUGAAAACAUGUACUGAGGAAAAAAUUCAGGUUUUGAUGAGAUAAUUUUUAGUUACAUGAGAUUUUGUCGUUUCAGGGACACUUCAGUCAUAUCCUGGGCUUCCAGUAACUGAGAGACGGCAGAUCGGCAACGCUGCUUUUCCUUUUAAAUUCUAAAGAUGCACUUGUGAACCCUGUACAGCUGGAUAUCUGUACAUUCACUCACGGCGUGGAUUUGUGUGUGGUAUACAGCACACAACAGUUUGCUGUAUUCUUUUAGUGCACAACCAUGAAUAUCAUUGUCUUACACUUGAAAAAACGCUUCUGCUUUUGAGAUAGUUUGGUUUAUGUUUGGUUUUUUUUAAGGUUGAUUUAACAUUUUAGAGCAGUUAAGUUGAUUUGGCCUUUGCCCCAGUGUCCACCUGGAACUGGACCAAAGGGCAUUGUUGGUACAAAAGACUUUCCCGUCUCUUUCGGACACUUUCUCUGGUACUCUUGGAAAGUGGUCCUUGCAUUUACAGGGUACAGGGCCUGCAGUUUUAGCUUAACCCUAUAUACACAGGCAGAAAUAUGAGGGAGAAAUAGGAGGACAGAAAUGUCUUAAAUGUCUUCAUUUUUAGAUGCCUAUUCAGCUAUGAAGGCCAGUAAAAAAUAACUAUUGAAACAUAUUCAAAUCCAAAAUAUGCAUCCAAUUCAGGAUGUGAAACUUCUAGGGUUUUUUAACAAAGAGAGUUUGUGAAUGUGAGAAGUAAGUAGCUAAUAGAAAAAGCAGUAUUAUUUGAACAAUGCUAUAUAAAUCAAAGGUGAAUAGUAAAUCAGGGCUGUGGCAUUCUCACAAAGUUAAGAUUCCACUUGAUACUCCUCAACUCUUUCUUUCCAGUUAUUGUGAUAUUAGAACGAAUCUGUUUCUAAAGUCUUAAACUGGUCAUGCAACAUGAUUUUAUUGGCUUGUCACAAAUAAUUUCGUCUACAUUUUGCCAGUGUAUAGGACCAUAUAAUACUUAACACAUUCAGAUUUUUAGACUCUGAGAUAGCCGAGUUGUGCUGUUUCGGUGUGACAUCAGUGGCUGCUCUGGGAUAGGCAGAAGGGUCCUGAAAGCUCAGAACUGAAUGGCAGUGCGUUAACCCUCUGCACUGGAGGGAAAUUGUUGUGACCUGCCUAAGCUCACAAAGAAAGAAAUCUCCACUGUCUGGAGAACUGCUGAGCUAUAGCUAUUGCCCUGCUGCCACUCAGCUUUCGGGCAGAGUUCAACCAAAACAGAUAUAGCAGGCAUAGCAGCAUUUGGCCUCUCCUUUUCUGGGAGCAGCCAGUAGCAAGUUAAAACAGGAGCUCCAAAGUUGCAAAAAUCUAGUGACAAGCUUUUAAAGGUUAGUUUCCCGGUGGGGUUUAUCAGAGUGCAAAAUCUUUAAAGGUUUGUUAUGCUUCUCAUAUUGUAUGUGGAGCUGUAGCUAGCACCAAACUGACUGUUAUUAAGGAGAUAGUCUUCCUAAAUACAAGAAGGUCAUCUAAAUACUAAAUUCAAUUAGGUAAUAGAUGAGAAAAUAAGUCUAUGAAGUAGGCUUGCACUAAUCGGCAUACAGGCUGUUUAGAUAGGAAAGAAUAAGUUUCCUCCAAGCCAAUAUAAAUUUUAGUUAUGUUGAAAAUAAAUAUUUUCAAAGUGCAAAGUUUUUUAGACACUUCAAAAUAUUCUUCAAUCACAACAACAGUACAAUCUCCAAGGAACACAAUGGCUUUAAAAAGUGUCCCUGCUACCCUGAAGAUCUGAAACUUACCUUGAAUCCUUCCGCUCCCAACACAGGUUGAUGCCAGUGUUAUUAUCCAAGCUAGGAAGGAACAUAUCCUCACUUGAAACAACAGCGGGAUGAGCAAAUUCUCAUAUACUGAUGUCAGACUUCAUCAGCUUGUGCAAAAUAAUAAAAUAAAAUGUUUUCUAAGACUGAAAUUAUGUAUUUGUUACCAAGAUAAUUUGACCUUAUUUUGUGGGCAAUUAAUUUUUACUUCUCCCAACUUUUGUGUUUUAAAAAUCCUGGUAAUGACAGCAGCCACAAUAAAGAUAGCAAAGCAAUAGUUCCUGCACUGUAAAAGUCAAAAUAGCUGCUUGAAGGUAAAAAGCUAAAAGGUGUGUCAAAGCUUAGUUACUGCAAAAUGACUCAAAACCUGUUUCUGUUUUAUCAAGUAAAAUGUUUGACAAGUAACGAUUAGUAGAACGGCAUAUAGUCAAAAUUUAGGGUAUCCAAAGAAGAGAGUAUCAGAAAUAGAUUUGGACUGCAUGAUGGAAGAGUUUUCUGCUAGUAUAUAUUAGAGCAAAGAAGUAAGCCAUUGCGUUUAAAAUGCAUAGGAUACAUCUGUGGAUUAUCAAACCAAAAGGGUGUUUUUCAUGUAAAUAACUAAAAUUUUAUCAUGUUAAGAAUUCACAGAUACCAGUGCGUGCAUUUCUUCUGUUUACUUCAAACUGUGUUUUAAUCUGGUGUGAAAUAUGGCAAAAUCGACAACCAAGUCAUUUUCCUGAUAGUUCUUGUAGGUUUUGUGCCAUGUUCUUUUUAAUUCCUCUCCCUUUAGAGUUACCAUUACCUGUUUUUUUUAUAAAAUCUUAACGUACAUCAAUCACAGGAUUGGUCAUAGUUCCUGGCUGCGUUACAGAGGCCGAUGAAGUCAUACGGAUGUUCGAUUUUAAUCUAAUUUUUUCCUAUCAGUCUUCCCGCUGUUACUGUACACUGUGCAGGUAUUUUAUUGCACUAUCUACCCAGACUCUCAACACUGUCCUUGGAGAUCACUGCAUCUGUACAACUGAACAAAACAGAACUUUAUCCUGUUUUUUACUUUGUAACCUGCAGUGUGAACACAGGCCUGUUGUGAGUUCUUUACACUAUUAAAAAUAUAAUGCUACUGUUUACAUCAAAUCUAAGUGCUUAGUUGCUAUGUUAUUCACAUGUACGUUUUGAACAUCUAAAUACUAUACUAUAGAAAGUAAACUUGAGCAAAAUGGUCACAAAUAGGGUUCCUUUUGUUCGUUUCUAACUAUACCCUUUUGCAUUUUCCAGGAACACAGUAUUGGAUAUAUCAGAUCAAUUUUACAAUAAUAUUUAAAUUUUUAAAAAAUGUGUUUCCCUACCAAUUUCAUCUGUUUUGAGAAUGAACUUCAAAAAGGGGUAUAGAAAUAGGUUAGCUAGGGGAAAGUUAACUCCCCUCGUUUUCAACCUAUCCCAGUUACCACUGUCAUGUGGUUAUACUGAGUGUUGUCAAUAAAAUAUAUCAGUGUAGAAAUGGAAUGAAAAACACCUGGCAGUUACCAGCCCUGCUGCAUCAGAACACAAUUCUUAAGUAAAGGUUUUUAAAAAAGAAAGGUUUUGAUACAGAAAUGUGAUGCCUUUUUCUUCCUUAGCAAAGAGUUCCAUGAAAAUUCAUCUAGAUCUUUCUAUUCCUUCAGAGCUGAUGGGUGGUUUAAUUUUUUAAUCCCUAAUAUUUUAAUUUCUGGGAUAAUUAUCUCUAGUUUUUUAACCGCGAAUGCAUGAGACUGGAUCAAUGGAAAACACCUGGUCUGAUAUCCUCUCUGCUCUAGUGAGUAGUAGAUGAAUGGGAAGAAUCCAAGAAACAAAGCAUGUAUUGAAUGGAAAGACUCUUUACAAAUACAAACUCAGUAUUUUAUAUCAGGUUUUGCUGUAGGCAUCCUUUCUUGCCUCGUAACUAAGCCUUGAACAUCAAAUAUCACAAAAAUUAUGAAAAUAUCAAUAGUUUCCAACAGGGUUUUUUUUUUCUGCUAUUGUUUGUUGGUAUAAAAAAAUGUAUUGGCUAUCAGGAGAAUGUUAAACUUGACUUUUUUUAGUAAGCAUUGGCAUCUUCAAUAUCUAAGAAGUAGUUCCUGUAUGGCUCCAAUUCAAGUGCCUGUGUGUACUUAUAUUUAAUUAGCGCAGUGUAAGGAUACUCUUCACAGCAUUUGUGAAAAGUAGCAUCUCCCUCCUUUCUGUUUUUUCUUGAGUUGGCUUACAAUAUAAAAAAAAAAAAAAAGGGAAGAAACUGUGGGAGUUGCAGUUUAAGGCGGGAGGCAGAAGGCUAAUCGCACUGUACCUUUUUAUUCAGCGUUCUACGUUCUUCCUUGUGGGAGGCCACGGGUCCUCUCAAAAACUUGGAAGUCCUAAUAAAAAAUUUGAAACAGAUUUUACUUAGAUUACUGGGAAUGCUACUGCUGAUAAAUAAAGGAAACUGAGAAGACGUAAACUUCAGUUAUAUCCUGUGUAAAGUAUCCUAAAGUGAAAUAGCGGGUGCUGCUCCCUUUGUGAGCCAAGUUUGUAGCCGAGCACUGAUUGUUUCACAGGGCAAAGCAGCAUCCUCUGUGUGUGGCUGCGCCUGCUUCCCAUGGUCCUUCCAGACUGACUGCAGGUCUUACUGGUUCUAAAGCAUCAACUGACCUCUCCUGCUGACUAAAAGCAUGUUCAGCUGUUUCAUCGUUAUCCCUGAUUUUUUCAUAAAUGACAAUGCAUACAUUUCUGGAUAAACUUUAAAGUGAUUCUUGGCUAGGAGGUGGUUCCUUACUCCAUGCCCUCUAAUGGGGUGAAAAAUGCAUUUAUAAAUCAAUCAGUGCGGAAAAAAAAAAAGUUGCGGUUUAAUAUUUUAAUGUAUUAAAGGUUUGUAAUUGUGGUAUUUUUUAAAAUAGAUGUACAGUGUUUGUAAUUUGUUCCACGGUUUGUCAGUCAGGAUCAUUAAGCCAUUGUAAUAGGUACAGGUGAAUAUUUCUUUAAAGCAGAUUUGUGUCAAAUCUGCAGUAGAACACAAAAUUAUUUUGGUAAGACUUUGCCUUGUGUAACUAUGAGAGAUUGGUUUGUUGAUAAAAAUUAUAUACUCUUUAUAUUUCCUAAUACUGUGGUUUUUACACAGAAUAACCUGAACGAUACUUUAUUUACAUGUAUAUAGUAAAUUUGGUAUAUGGUCUGUUUUUAAUUCAGGUUAAAAUGAUAUAAUUAAUAUUUUUAACUUUAUAUUUUGUAUAUUAUUACUUAUAAAAGCAGAAGCAUUAAACACCUCUUUGGCUACAGUGCAAAAUCAACU